AUGAUGAUGAGGCUGACUGACAAGUCGUGGAAUUUUCUCCAGAGCCAACAAGUCUAUUCUAACACCUCCAUCCUUGCUUCUGAUGUGUGGGCCAAGCGGACCUGGAGUGAACUUGAUUCUCUCUCCAUACAUCUGGAGUUUGAUUCUCCCUCCCUCCAACCAAUGCGCCAAGGGGAUCAACUGUUAGUGGACUUGUUCAUUGACUCUUUGGUGGAUCAGCAUACAUUGAAAUGGCUCAACUGGUGUCGGACCUUCCUUCACGCUGUCACUCUCUCCGAUAUCGUGAAUGCUGAAGGGACAGCGAUCACUCUGGACGCAUGGAAAGGGAUACGAGCAGAUUACCUUGCUGACAGAUACCAAUGGCCCCGUACUGCUCGUCACUCCCCGUUAGGCCUGUGGCACUCAGCUGACUUGUCCUGGAAGUGGCAAUACUCCCCCUCUACCAAUACCCUGUUCCACCGCGAGGGUCAGAUAUGGAUCCCAUCUGAGCCUACUUCCUCCACUCGCCGCUUCAACCUGGAUCUCCUACCUCUACCAGUGGACACUGUCCGCGCCUCGGUCUCUGUCUUCUCUAGCCGGUCUCCGAGCCACAAGAGCCGUGUCCUCCUCCACUCUACUGGCCCACACCAACCAGCCAAAACACAUGCCCCCCCCUCAUCUUCCAUCCUUGAUCUUUGGCACCAAUUUGGCAGUCUGGCUGAGUCAGGUUCUCACGGCUGGGUUCCAGUGGUCAUUACCAUUGAAGGGAGUGAGGAUCGCCUGGUUCAGGCCCUUCUUGCUGGUAACCUUUGUGUGGUGAGCGACGGCUCUUACAAAGCUAAAGUGGGCACAGCAUGCGCUCAAAUUCUCUCUGAGGAUCGCAGGAAUAUCAUCUGGAUCACCUGCCAAACCCCUGGAAAAUUUGAGGAUCAGAGUUCAACGCGAAGCGAAUUGAUUGGCCUUAUGGCUUCUCUCCUGGUAUUGGAAUGGAUGGCUCAGCUUGCCCGACUGAAGCUCUUUGCCAGCCAACCUUCGGUCGAGAUGGCCUGCGACGGCCUCAUCGCCCUGGAUAAGUCCUUCUCAGAAGCACAUCUGUCCUCGUCUGGCGCGCAGUUUGACUUGGCCUCCACCAUCCGGGCCUUGCUUCGCCACCUCCCUCUCCAACGCAAUGUGGAAGUGGACUCCAAAGCACAAGCCUACCGCCGCCUGGUGGAGUCUACAGGCCAAUCUGCUGCCUCCAACCCCCGCUUCUUCCAUGAACCUGUGUCCUUAUUCAUUGAUGGUGUUAAGUCUUCCAAACUGGAUCAGGCUCACAUCAUGGAGCUGGUCUCUCUUCCUGCCCUUCGAGCAUAUUGGUCCUCCAAGGACCGCCUCUCCGAGCAGUCCAUCCGUGAGGUCGAUUGGUUGUCUCUGGCACGCGCCAUGAAAGCCCUCCCGGCCAAUCUUCAACGCUGGACACCCAAGCAUAUCUCCGGUAUGCCAGGUGUGGGAAAAUUCUUGGCCAUUUGGAACCGUUCGGCAACAAGCUCUUGCCCCAGAUGCUCCUCCUGCCCCGUGGAAGAUCACCUCCAUGUCCCACGCUGUUCUGCUCCUACUGCAGCUGCAGAAUGGUCGAAACGCCAUCUGGCCUUCCGGACCUGGAUGCAGACCUAG